AUGGUGCUGCCAACACUACUGUCUCAUUACACUACUGGUGCUGAUACUACUCUGGUGUAUGCACACUUAAUUGCUGCACUAUACUAUGACACUACUAGUACUGGGGUAGACACUACUACUACUGGUGUAGCCACUACUACUACUGGUGCCGCCACUACUGGUGCUGCCACCACUACAACUGAUGCUGACACUACAACUACUGGUGCUGCCACCACUACAACUGAUGCUGCCACUACUACUACUGGUGCUGCCACUACUACUACUACCGCCACUACUGCUACUGGUGUAGCCACUACUACUAUUGAUGCUGCCACUACUACUGCUGGUGUAGACACUACUACAACUGGUGCAGCCACUACUGCUACUGGUGCAGCCACUACCACUACUGGUGCCGCCACUACAACUACUGGGGCUGCCACUACUGCUACUGGUGUAGCCAGUACUACUACUGGUGUAGCCAGUACUACUACUGAUGCAGCCACUACCACUACUGACACUACUACUACUGGUGCCGCCACUACUACUAUUGAUGCUGCCACCACUACUACUGGUGCUGCCACUACUACUACUGAUGCUGCCACAACCACUACUGGUGCUGCCACUACUACUACUGGUGCCGCCACUACAAUUACUGGUGUUGCCACUACUACUACUGGGGCCACUACUACUGCUGAUGCAGACACUACUACUACAGGUGUAGAUACUACUACUAUUGAUGCUGCCACUACUACAACUGGUGCUGCCACUACUACUACUGGUGCUGCCACUACUACUUCUGAUGCUGCCACUACAACUACUGGUGCUGCCACUACUACUACUGGUGUAGACACUACUACAACUGUUGCAGCCACUACUACUACUGGUGCUGCCACUACUACUUCUGAUGCUGCCACUACCACCACUGGUGUAGCCACUACUACUACUGGUGCUGCCACUACUACCACUGGUACUGCUACUACUGGUGCUGCCACUGCUAGUACCGGUGCUGCCACUACUACUACUGGUGCCGCCACUACAACUACUGGUGUAGACACUACUACUACUGGUAUAAGCUAA